AUGACGUCCACGCUGGAUAGAAUCGUCAAGGGUGCCCCGCCGCCCGACGUCUCUCUCGAUCAGGUCGCACAAUCCGCCCGCCGCGAGAGCACCACCAACCUAUCCCAGACCCGUUCACGGAGAGACUCAAUCACCGCCCCUCGCCCACAAUCUUCAAGCCAAUCUGACCCUCUCAAUAACCUGCCCUCGUCGCCCGAGCAGAUCAAGCUCAAUCUCCUCAUCCUCGAAUCCUCCCUCCGCGCACAGUACCUUUGUCUGCAUGCCCGUCUACGCCUCUACCUUGUCCUACUGGCCGCCCUUACUCUCUGGAUCUCGACCUUUACAUAUUUGCUCUUCCUGCGUCCGCGUGAAGAUGGCAAGGGUACUGGUGGCUCCCCCUACUGGGUCGUCGACAUUGCCGAACGCCUAGGCUGGGUUGGAGGCCUUGUGACUGCUGGUCUGCUGUGGGGUACUGGAAUGUGGGAUCGAGGCAUUCGCUGGCCGAGGAAGUGGGUCAACAUCACAAACAGAGGUCUACGAGGCUUCAACCUCAAACUCGUCGUCAUUCGUGGCCCUUGGUGGAAGGAAGCUCUUGGCUACCUCGCCCUCUUGGACCCCUACGGGUGGUGGGGCCACAUCAAGGGCAUGCGCUUCGAAUUCAUGCCCAAAGACAUUGAAAAAUCUACCCUCGAGAACAAGGACAAGGUCGGUCUAUGGGAGACUGGGGGCCGUCAUGGCUGGAUUGAGGAGGACGUCGCUCCCGGUGGAGAUGUCAUCAAGCUUCUUCUACUACCAAAACCAUUCUCACCCGACUUUCGCGAAGAUUGGGAUACUUACCGACAUAAUUAUUGGGAAAAGGAAAACGAGAGACGCUCACAAUUACGAGCCAUCAUCAAGACAAGACAGAAACAAUUGGCGAAACAAGAAGGCGGCUGGCUUUGGUGG